AUGUUCGAAAAGUUGUAUUCGCAAACGUCUCUUGAGAAUAGCGUCGCUAAGGUAUCGUUAAAAGAUAAACCGGUUAAUGAUGCGGAAGAUAAAAAGAAGGCUAAAGAAGCAGCAAAAUUAGAACGUGAAUUGAAGAAGAAGAUGUCCUCCAAAGUAGUUAUAACACGAAUUGCACGAAACAAACGAAAAAGUGUAACGAGUGUUUAUGGUUUACAGAAUUUUGAUAUUGAUUUGAAAAAAGCUGCAAAGAGCUUUGCAUCAAAAUUUGCAUGUGGAUCAUCAGUAGUAAAAAAUAAUCAAGGAAAUGAUGAGAUUGUUGUACAAGGAGAUGUUUCGGAUGAUUUAUUUGAUUAUAUAUUAGAAACGUGGCCAGAUGUUCCAGAAGAUAAUAUUGAGUUAACUGAGGAAAAAAAAUCAAAAAAGGGAUGA